AAAACGUUCAUCUUCAUAACUCAAGUGGUCCCUUGCUCUCGACCCAUCCACUUCUCCCUUCUCACAAAUAAGACGAAAGCCACACUCGGUUGUGUCCUCUUCUCUUUAAUGCUCUGUUUUGCUCUUUCACUAUAAACACAACAAGACAUGAUGGUUUUCUUGAGGAAUUUGUCUGAGUUCCAAUGCGGCUGCUAUCAUCUGAUCCUCAACCCCAACUGACCUCUACAUGUAAGUCCCAGAGUUGCAGCUGGAAGCCUUACUCUCAUUCCAAUGACUUUGCUGCCAACGCCUCUCUUCUUCUCAUCAUCAUCUUCUCUUCUCUCAUCUGCGUUCUCGCUCUCCACGCUGCCCUACGUUGUUGCCUCCGUCCAGCCCUCCAAAAUGACUCUAAACCCGACCCUGAGCCUGAGGCCUCCCAUUCGGAAGCUUUCCCGACACUUGUCUACUCCCCUGGGCUGAAUCUGGCGGGCGCUGAAGCAGAGUGUAUCAUUUGUUUGUCUGAGUUCGAAGACGGUGACACUCUCCGCGUGUUGGACAGAUGCAAACAUGGAUUCCACAUUCACUGCAUCCAGCAAUGGUUCUCCUCCAACCCCUCCUGUCCCACUUGCCGCACAAACAUCUUCUCCUCGCCUAGUGGAACUCCUUAGUCAGAUCAGUGCAGCAUUUUUGGUUUUGCCUACUUUUUCCCUUUUAUUUUCAUUCUCACCUCACACCUCUAUCAUGUUUUCGAGGCUAGUUUAUUUAUUUCCAACCUAGUUGUUUUAUAUAAUCCAUGAAAUCAUAAACACACAGACAGAAAAGUGAUAUAAAGUUGCUUUUGUGAACCAGUCUGUACCUAGCAAAAACAAACACACACCAUGUGUAAAGAAGCAAAUGGCAAACAUUACCACAAAGCAUAGAGGGGCCAAAGGAUUUAUUCAGUGUUGGAGUUCAAGAAAUAUGAGGUAUCAAAGGUGUUAACUACCCACUUGUUGGAUAAGAAAGAAUGAGUUGUAACUGGAUAACAUAAUGAAUACAGAGUGAAAGAAAAAGAACAAAAAAAAAAUUUGAAUGAGAGUUGAAUUAGGAGCAUUAAUUAACUUGAUUG